CUGUCAUCUCCACAUAAAGUGGCCUGGAAUGUUAUUUUCCCCUUCACUCUGCAGCAGCAAACAAAGAGGACGAUGGAAAGGUCAUUGUGCACGUUGGCUGCAGUGAUUUUUCUGGGAGGAUUUUUAGACACAGCGCUGACAGACAAUACAACAACUGAGAUUAAUUCAUUAUUCAACAACAACUCCACUACUACGGCUGAGUCUGUCACUGUGCAGCCGCAGGAUCCCAGCAGCGACCGACCGACUCCAACAGCAGCACAGAGAACGUUAUCCACCCCCGCUGGCAGAGUCAAACAGCUGGACACCAAAAACAUCAGCCAAGACAGCGAAGAAGAAACAGAUGACAGCAAGAAAGAAGAUAAGAAAACAGAACUGGACUGUCCUCCUCUCGGCCUGGAGUCCCUGCGGGUUGAUGACAGCCAGAUUCAGGCCUCUUCCUACCAGCGGACGGGUCUGGGUCCCCACAGGGGCAGGCUGAAUAUCCAGUCUGGCAUUGGGGAUGGGGACCUGUACGACGGAGCCUGGUGUGCUGAGCAUAAGGACCAGCACCAGUGGCUGGAGGUUGAUGCCAUCCACCUCACCCUGUUCACUGGAGUCAUCCUGCAGGGCCGGAACUCCAUCUGGAGUUGGGACUGGGUCCACACCUACAAAGUCCAGCUGAGUAAUGACUCUGUGACCUGGACAGCCUGCAUGAAUGGGACAAAAGAAGCUGUAUUUGAAGGAAACCAGGAUCCAGAGACUCCAGUGCUCGGACUCCUUCCUGUUCCUACUGUCGCCCGUUUCAUCCGCAUCAACCCUCAGACCUGGUACUCCAACGGCACCAUAUGCCUCAGGGCUGAGAUACUCGGCUGCCGUGUCGAUGAUCCAACAGACAUUUACUCCUCAGAGCAAGAACCAGGAUCAAAAGACGCUCUGGACUUCAGACAACACAACUACAAAGAGAUGAGAAAGCUCAUGAAGUCUGUGACGGAGGAGUGUCCCAACAUCACCCGCAUCUACACCAUCGGGAAAAGCUACAUGGGCCUAAAACUGUACGUCAUGGAGAUCUCAGAUAACCCCGGCAAACAUGAACUAGGAGAGCCGGAGUUUCGCUACGUGGCCGGGAUGCACGGGAACGAGGCUCUUGGCCGAGAGCUCGUCCUCAAUCUCAUGCAGUACUUGUGCAGAGAAUACAAGAAGGGCAACCAACGCGUUGUGCGGCUGGUGACUGAGACUCGAAUCCACCUCAUGCCCUCCAUGAACCCUGAUGGAUACGAAGAAGCUUAUAAGAAGGGGUCUGAGCUGGCCGGCUGGGCAGAUGGACGACACAGCUAUGAAGGAAUAGACUUGAAUCAUAACUUUCCAGACCUGAACAACAUCAUGUGGGAUGCCCAAGAGACGGCAGCAGAUCCAUCUAAAGUCGCCAACCAUUACAUCCCUAUCCCAGAGUACUACACUCAAGAAGACGCCAUGGUUGCGCCAGAGACCCGAGCCGUCAUCAGCUGGAUGCAGGAUAUUCCCUUUGUGCUCAGUGCGAACCUCCACGGGGGAGAACUGGUGGUUACUUAUCCCUUUGACUGCACCCGCGACUGGGCCCCUCAGGAGGACACCCCCACGGCGGACAACGCUUUCUUCCGCUGGCUGGCCUCCGUCUACGCCUCGACUAACCUGGUGAUGUCCAACCCCAACCGCCGCCUCUGCCACUACGAGGACUUCCAGGUACACAACAACAUCAUCAACGGCGGAGCCUGGCACACCGUCCCCGGCAGUAUGAAUGACUUUAGUUACAUGCACACCAACUGCUUUGAGGUGACGGUGGAGUUGUCCUGUGAUAAGUUCCCUCAUGUCAGUGAGCUUCCCAUCGAGUGGGAGAACAACAAGGAGUCUCUGCUGGUUUACAUGGAGCAGGUUCACAGAGGCAUUAAGGGUGUGAUCAGGGACAAGCUGACUAGACAAGGGAUAGCAGAUGCUGUAAUCAAGGUGGAGGACCACGACCACGACAUCCGAUCAGCCACUGACGGAGACUACUGGCGUCUCUUGAACCCAGGGGAGUACAAGGUGGUGGUUUGGGCUGAGGGUUACUUCCCGUCGGUGCGUCACUGCCAUGUUGGAAUGGAGCCACAUCCCACCAUCUGUGACUUCACCCUGACCAAAACGCCCAUUCAGAGGCUGAAGGAGAUCCGGGCCAAGGGAGGGAAGAUCCCCCAGGACCUUCAGCUGCGUCUUCGUGCACUGAGGCUCCGCAAGCUUCGCGCCAGCACCAGGACCAUCAACCAGCGCAGGGAGAGUCAGCGG